GCGAUGAUGAGGAUGGCGGCGCGGUUCAAGGGGCUGGAGGAAGAGCCAGGGAGUGAGGAGGACGAGGAGGAAGGCCCCUGGGAGUACGAUUCCACCUGGGAAGACGAAGGAGGGGAGGAGGAAGAGGAAGGGAGAGGGGAAGGGCGCCUGGAGGAGGAGAGGAAGGAGAAGGAGGAAUCGGAGGCGGCUUCAGACGCCCCAAAGCCUGGAAAGGCAGAGAAGCCCCGGUCGCCUCGGAGGGCCUUGGGUGGCCAGGAAGGACGAAGGCCAAAUCGUUCUCCAAUGAGCUUUGGAAGGUACAAGAGCACAAGCAGACGGAACUGGAUAGCUGCUAAAGAUAUGCAGAGAUAUAGGCAUCAUUACCCGGAUUUGGAAGAAACAGACACUGAAAUCAAAGAGGACGAAAUGUGGAAUUUGAGCUUUUACAAAAACGAGAUCUCCUUUGUGCCUCGCGGCCUCCAUAUAGAAGACCUCCUUGAGACUUGGCAACAUGAUUAUGCAGUUAUGGAAGAAAACCAUUCAUACAUUCAAUGGCUGUUUCCUUUACGUGAACCGGGGAUGAACUGGCGUGCAAAGCUUCUCACGCUUAAAGAGAUCCAGGCUUUCAAGAAAUCUAAGGAUGUCAUGGACACGUUCGUCCGAGCUUACAAGCUCAUGCUGGGUUUUUAUGGAAUUGAGCUGACAAAUGAAGAAACGGGCGAGUUGAGAAGAGCGGACAACUACUUUGAACGGUUCUGGAACCUCAACCAGUAUAGCCAUAACAAUCUGCGCAUCACUCGUAUCUUGAAAUGCUUGGGAGAAAUGGGGCUGGAACGUUAUCAGGUGCAGCUUGUGAAGUUCUUCCUGACGGAGACACUAGUGAAUCAGAUGCUCCCACGUGUUAAAAGAAGCGCUUUGGACUACUUCGUGUUCACCGUCCGGGAUAAACGGAAGCGGCGGGAGCUAGUAUAUUUUGCAUGGCAGCACUUCACGCCAAAGCACGAGUUUGUCUGGGGGCCCCGAAAGAAACUCCUGGAAUUUAAGCCUCCGUCUCCAGAGCUUCAUAACAACGUGGCCUUGGAGGAAGAGCAAAAGCCUGCUAAAGAUGGAGCAGGAGCGGGUUUGGGACAGCAGAAAUCCCAUUUGCCACAUGAGACGUCCAUAGUUGAGAACGCUGUCGGUAGAUCCAGCGAUGACGUGAGGACGAAGCCUGGCUCGGACAGGGAUGCUGCAGAACCCCAGCCAGGGCUUGGAAGCGAACCUAAGGCUCCAGGAAAGAUGGAGGAACCUAAUUCUGGGCCGGCAGCCAAUGUCAAGUCUGAAGGGGAGGAUGUGAAAGAAGGUUCAGAACUGGACAGAAAGGACCUCACCGGCGAUUGCGGAAGCAGCGGCAGCGGAGCGGACGGCGAAUCACUCAAGGAAUCCAAGAAGAGGAAGUUGGAAGCUAACAAGCUGAGUGGAGAAGGAGUCGGGUUAUCAAGAUCUCCCAUUGACAUCGAGAAGAUCUCUUCUAACCUAGAAGAGGUGGUGAUUGAUCACGAAGGGCCAGGUAGCCUUCAGCUGAUGGAGAAUUCUAAGCCAUUGAUACCAGAAGGAAACGGUGGAGACAGGCAGGAUUUAAAGGAGGCUGACUCGGUCAGAGCCAUGGUUAAAAGACGGAAAGUCGAUGAGAUGGCAUCUGAGGACAGUGUGGCAAAAACAGCCCAAGAGCCGGACACCGAAGCGACUUCCUUCGAAAGCCAGGUGCCAAGUAUCAAAGUCCCCAGCUUUGAGAAGACAGAGGAAGUGAAAAUAAGCACCAGUGUUCCUGUAGAAACUCAGCAUGGCACUAAAACUGCAGGCGAUGUGAAUAUUUUGGUUGAUUCCAAAACUUGUACUGCUAAGUCCGGUGAACCCUCUGGUGAUUGCGUGCCAGAUAAACCUGACGAGAGUGUAACUACCUCCACGAUAGAAGGCGAAGGAGCACAGUCCUGUUUAGCUCCGAUAAUGGAUACAAAAGACAAAGAAGGUGCUUCAGGACAGGAAGAGGGGGAGAUGAAAGGAAAGGCUGAGGAUGCGGCCGAUCUCAGUGAAGUGGUCAGAGCCACAGAGAGUGUCUCCACCCUAGCAAAGCCAGACGAAGGGAGGAAUCCCAGAUAAAAAAGACUUCUGAAGGCAGGUGGCAGUGUAUUUACACAAGCACAGAAUAACUCCAGUCCACUGCCUGUGGGGUAUGCGUGUGUGAGCCAAGCUACAAGAGACAAAUUCCACGAGGAGGAGCACGUGAAGUUAGCCAGGGAUGUUAGCCAGGAAGCCGAGUUUUAAAAGAGAUUGGAAGGCUUUGUUAAUCUCCCCUCUCUACAGAGGCAGGGAGAUGGCCGCUCAGAGGGUUUGUUCAUUUCCUCUUUGCCUCCAGAAGGUUUUGUCAGUUUCACUUCCCCUUUUAAGAGGCAAGGAAGAAAUAAACCUGAGCAGGGUUCUCCCCUGGCUCUGUAGAGAGGGGAAAUUGACAAAGCUUUCCAAUCUCUUUUAAAAUUCGGCUUCCCUGCUAACAUUGCGACUCCCUACAUGUGAGCGUCCUCGUGGCAUUUGUCUCUUGUAGCUCAGCUCUAUGUGUGUGUAUGUUUUCCUAGUUGAUGUAUGCGGGGGGAGGGGGGCGUUUGCAUUGUGGGGUCUUAUUUGUAUGUGUUUAGAGUACCAAAGUGGGUUAUCUUGACUGAGGGGGAAGACAACGACUUGAGGAUGACAAGUUUCCAUUCUAAGUUAGUCUCAUGUAUACUUUUAUUCCCCUUCUUAAUUCCAUCAAAUGAUUUCAUACGUCUCGGGUUUAAAAAUAUAAAUUUGGGCGGAUCCAGAGCAACUAGCUUCAGGUUUGAUGAUUUAAGCCACUUUCUGGGCUGUUUUCUUUUUUCAAUGUUAAUAACUUAUCCAAAACAAUCUAUUGUUAAAUUAACGUUUUAUUAAAUAACUUUUG